CCGGGCUCACCGACAGCGCGCGGCAGGUAUGAGGGCCUCGUUGGCCGAAUAGUUUGGAGGCGAUGCUGCUGAAAUGCCCCUCGGAGGGUGCCCGGGGGCCGGGGCCUGACGCCAGGAGCGGACACCCCUCAGACCCCCUGGAACUGAGCCACCCCAGGGUCGAGUGGGUUAAGGCCGAGGAGAGCGCCUGGGGGAGCCAGAGACUGGCCCAGAUCCCAUUCCGGAUCAUCACAGCCCACAGCGAUCGGGUCAGCUGCUGCAAAUUCUGCUUUAAUGACAGCAGGUUUCUGACUUGUUCUUUUGAUGGAAGUGUCAUUCUCUGGGAUCUGUUAAGUGGAACUACUAUCUCUGAAUUUCGACUUCAGCCUACUCCACUAACCGAGUGUUGCAUCAGUUAUGAUAACCAAAGAAUUUUUACCUCUUCAUGGGACAAAUCAUUGAAAGCAUGGGACGUCGAAACUGGACAAGUUCUGUGGUCUGUUGUUCACACUCGACCGUUGACCUGCUGCGAUGUCUCCCUCGAUGGGAAGUACGUUGUGACUGGAAGUGACGUUAACAAUGCAGUUUAUGUCAGAGCCACUGAAACUGGAGAGAUUAUCACCAACUUGCAAGAACAACACCGCAGUACUGUGACAAGUUGCUGUUUCCAUCCCGAUGGCCAGAGAUUGGCAUCUGCAUCGUGCGAUGGGACUGCCCGAAUCUGGGACAUCUCAGUGAAGAGAACAACCAUGACAUUGAAGAAGCACAGGAACGUGGUGUCUGAUUGCUGCUUCAGCCAGAGCGGUAACAUACUGUGCACAGCCUCCUGGGACAGGUCACUGCUGGUAUGGGAUGUCACUGUGGGCAACUUCCGAUCCCACGGCCCACGGAGCCUCGGUGGUGGGCACCAAGGUUGCAUCAGCUCCUGUGUGAUCUCCAGUGACGCAUCUCUGAUCGUAGCUGGAUCUUAUGACCAAACUAUAUCUGUGUGGGACACAGCUGGACUGUACAGGAAACUGGUUUUAAAGGAUCACCAGGACUGGGUCCUGGAUGUUGCUAUCUCCUCCAACAACAGGUGGAUUCUUUCUGCGUGCAAGGAUUCUACCGUGCGUUUGUGGGACAUUGAGAAAAUAGAGCAGAUUCCAAUCGUCAAAGCUGAGAGGAGGGAACACGGGGAGAAAGUAGUGAAGUGUUCCCAUUGUGAGAAGCCAUUCUCAAGGUGCCACGACGACAGCUCAGAGAAUCUGACCCUGUGUGUGUUCUGCCGUCUAUCAGUAUCACCACGGACCUCUCUGCCCAGUGUCUCCAGCCUGUCCAGCCCAUCAGUGUCAGCCCCACGAUGGGAAUGGAGGAAACGCCGCGCAACUCGUUAAUAUUGCUGCCUCAUUCACUCCACCCUGGAGCAGUCCCAAAGAGCUUCUGUCACUGUCUCUCUUUCCUAAACAAUAUUUUAAAUGUGUAAUUUCUGCCCCAAAUAAACUCGCAGUAGCUGGAAUUUGCUCCAGUAAUCCCUGAGGAAUAGCGGUUUCUCUAACCUCUAUCUUUGCGGGAGGCUAGAGGGUUUGCUCUGCUGCCUCUCGGCCCUGAGCUCAUUCUCAAACACUUCCCAGAUUGCCCCAUGUCAUUCCAUUUGCUUCUCUGGAAUCUUGAGUACCCUUCGGUGCGCUGCAUUUCCUCAAACCUCUCCCCCUGUUAGUCACUGAAAUCAUGAGGCAGCAGAUCUCAAUCCAUGCUCAUCCAUCUGUCUCCUGUUUGAAUGAGAGUUGAAGGAAGUUUUGGGAUUACAGCUGAUCACACUGUUGCUCUCUCUUGAUGUUUCUCUCUCUUUCUUGCA